AAAAGAAAGUGGGAGGUGAUGUGAACCAAACAUUUACACACGACAGGGCUGUUCGUAUUUCAUCCAGAGGAGCGCAUGGAUCCGAGCUCAGGCACACUGUCCACCGCUGUCCUGGAUGCUGCACAGAUUGAGACAGGAGGCUGCUCCAUCCCUCGGUUUUUUACUUACAGCGAUUAACAUUCAUUGCUACAUUAGUGAAGGGUUAAACUAGGCACACAGAGGAAGAGCACAGAAGCUGCUGUUUGGUGUAUUUUCCUGGCGAAGGUAGUGCUGUGGAGAUGGAGCGGUGGAAAGGCAGAGUGGCCCUGGUGACAGGAGCUUCUGUGGGGAUUGGAGCGGCAGUAGCUCGGGCACUGGUCCAGCAAGGCAUGAGGGUUGUCGGCUGUGCCAGGAGUGUCGACAAAAUAGAGAAACUGGCAGCAGAGUGUCAGAGUGCAGGCUACAGUGGCACACUGAUCCCUUACAAGUGUGACCUGUCCAAUGAGGAGGAGAUCCUGUCUAUGUUUUCAGCCAUAAAGACGCUGCACAAGGGCGUGGACGUGUGCAUCAACAACGCUGGGCUCGCCCACAACGAGCCACUGCUCAGCGGAAAGACAGAGGGCUGGAGGAACAUGAUUGAUGUAAAUGUCUUAGCCCUGUCCAUCUGCACCCGUGAGGCCUACAAAUCAAUGAAGGAGAGGAAUGUGGACGAUGGCCACAUCAUCAAUAUUAAUAGUAUGGGUGGACACCGAAUGGUACCAAGUGCUGAUGAGCACUUCUAUUGUGCCACGAAAUACGCUGUGACGGCUUUGACUGAAGGGUUACGGCAAGAGCUUCGAGAAGCAAACACCCACAUUAGAGCCACAUGUAUAUCUCCUGGAUUGGUGGAGACUGAGUUCGCCUUCAGGCACCACAACAGUGAUCCAGAGAAAGCAGCUGCAGUGUAUGAGAGUAUAAAAUGUCUGAAAGCUGAAGACAUCGCCAGUGCAGUCACAUUUGUCCUCAGUGCCCCCCCUCAUGUCCAGAUUGGAGAUGUGCAGAUGAGGCCAGUGGAGCAGGUGUCGUAGCUGUGAAACAGAAAGCUGCAGACAGGAGGAGCAGACGGAUGGCAGCCUCGGUAACUCCUCAGCGACCUCUGCUGGGCGAGGGGAAGAAAGGGUUGGGGGACAAAACAAAUCAACUACAGCUGUGUCGGAUCUGCAGAGACCUGGUCGAAGAAGGGCUGGAGCCUUGAGGAGGCUGUGCAGAGGAAAUGAAGGGGGUGGACUUAAUAAAACCACUACGAGAAUACUACUGAAUGCUUUUUUUUUUGUAAAGGCAUGGUCCUGAACUGAGCUGAAACUCCAAACUACAGUAGGAACAAACACGAGAGGAGGGAGCUGCUGCUGUGCUACGUGGUCAUCUGCACGACCGCCACUACAGAGGGAACAGAAUGCCAUUGAUUGCACAUGUUUAUGUUCUGUUUUUGUAGGUCAUAUGACAUAUCUUUUUGAAAUUACAUGGAAAAAGAAGUAAUUGCUGUUGAUGACCGUUUUCUUUUGUUUCAAUUUUUUAUAUAUAUUUUAACUUUGAUCAUAGCUAGAUGUGGUCUCAUAUUUACUAACCACAUACAACACUAUGCCGUACUCACUGUAACUAAUCAGUUCGUCCAUCCUGCCAUCUUUACACUCAGUUCAUUUUCCACAAAACAUGUAGUCACCCAGUUUCAUCCCCUGUUAAAGAUAUCAGGAAGAGUCUCAAACACAGAUGCCCUUCUCUGUUAAGCACACAAGUUGCUACUAUCCGCUUUUCUGCUCAAGUACAUCCAGUUAUUCUGCACUUUGGAUUCAUGUAUGAGGAGUCAUAAGAAAGUGAAACACUGGCAACUUAUGUAGGGGGGAAAGACUAACUCCAUGCACAUGUAUACCCUAGAAAUGUGUACCUUUUCAGUGGAAAUUUCUCCUUAAAUGAAUAAAUAAAAAGGAUUGCCCAGA